UCUUUCCGUCACGUAGCUAGCUAGCACAGAAGCAGAGCGAGAGGCCGAGAAGGGAUCAGAAGACAGCUCUAGCGAUAAGGCAAUGGCUGCCACGGCGUACUCCGUGGCGCUCCUCGGCGGAGCACGGCUCCCGGCCACCACCGGCGCCACCCGCUUCACCUCCUCCGCGCUCCUGCCCCGGCGCAACCUCCAGCCGCUCCGCCUCCAAGAUGCGCCGAGGCCGUCGCUGCUCCGCGUGAAGGCCGCCUCCGACGACACGUCGGCGAGCGGCGACGAGAUCAUCGAGGACCUCAAGGGCAAGUGGGAGGCGAUUGAGGACAAGCCCACCUUCCUCCUCUACAGCGGCGGCGCCGUCGUCGCGCUCUGGCUCACCACCGUCGUCGUCGGCGCAAUCAACUCCGUGCCGCUGCUCCCCAAGCUCCUGGAGCUCGUUGGGCUCGGCUACACCGGCUGGUUCGUCUACCGCUACCUCCUCUUCAAGGAAAGCAGGAAAGAGCUGGCCACCGACAUCGAGUCCUUGAAGAAGAAGAUCGCUGGAACAGAGUAAUAAACCUGUCGAGUUCUCUGGAACGUUUUGGGUGGUUGUUUCGGUGUAUCCGGCCAUGUAAUGGAAGAACACACCUACUUGCUUAGAGUGCUUGCCCACUGCUUUUGUACGUGUGUUACAUAUAUAUCUGUAUGCAAGAAAAGCUCUGGUAUCGUGUGUGCGGAGAUUAA